AUGAACAAGCUCAACAACAACAACUCCAGUCUACGACCGUCCUUCUUAAAGGGACAGAGCUGCUCCUCUGAAGGUCUGGAGAUGGCGUGGGUCGUCCGUCCUCCAGAGUCGGUGAAGAGCGGGGAGGUGUUCACGGGUCAGGACUCCUUCUACCAGUGGGCCAUCCAGAACCACAUCUUCACUCACAGCUCCAUCCCGGGUGCUGAAGCAGCUCGGAGGUUCUGGGAGGACCAGGACUGUCCCAUCAGCUGGAAAGACGCCAACGGGGAGAACUGCUGCAUCCAUCACGCCAACAUCCACUCCUGUCCCCUGGGCUACAUGACCACCGAGAGCAUCUGUGGUCCCUGGAUCCCGGACGACGGGAAGAUCUUCACCCACACCAUCUCCACCUCGGGCAAGAUGAGCCAGACCAACUGGACGGCCAAGGUGGUUCUGGUCCACGCUGGUCUGACCUCUCUCAUCGCCCACAUACGAGCGGGUCACAUGCAGGUGGCCCUGGAGGCAAAGAGCACGGUGCUGCCAGCCGUGGUUUGUGGUGAUGGGGUCUGUGAGGGGGCGGAGCUUUGUUCCACGUGUCCAGCUGACUGUGUCCAGUGAUCAUCGACUUCUCACCUGGUAGGACUCCAUGUCUCAAAUGUUUGUGUGUCUGUGUGUGUAGACCAGGAGGCCCGUGUGACCAUGGGGGAGCACAUGAGUGUCCCCGGGGGAACCCGUGACAGUAACACAAGUUGUGUGACAGCUCUCAGCUCCUGGACGGGACAACCGGGGUCCAGGAGGACCCCCUUCACCUGCCCAGCAUCUAGUGAUGACGGGAAGACUGUGUCCAUCAAGAUGAUCCAGACCAAGACCUUCUCCCUGUCCAAGACCAUUAGACAGGAGGUCAAACAAGUCAGAGAGCUGGACCAUCCAAACCUCUGUAAGUUCAUCGGUGGUUGUGUGGAGGUUCCUAACGUUGCCAUAGUAACAGAGUACUGCCCUGAAGAAAGCCUCAAUGAUGUCCUCCUUAACGAGGACAUCCCUCUGAACUGGGGCUUCAGGUUCUCCUUUGCCACAGACAUAGCCAGGGGGAUGUCAUACCUCCACCAACAUAAGAUCUGUCAUGGCCGACUCAAGUCUAUGAACUGUGUGUUAGAUGACCGCUGGGUUUGUAAGAUGACAGAUUACGGCCUGAGGAUUUACCGCAGGGACGAUGCUGCUGAGCCUCUGUCCACCUGUCAGCAGAGACUCCUGGAGGUCUACAUGACCCCUGAGUUUCAGAACUCCAACAUGGAGCCCACGCUGGCUGGAGACGUCUUCAGUUACUCCAUCAUCCUGCUGGAGGUAGCCACUCGUAGUAACCCCGUCCCAGUAAGUCACUCAGGAUUCAUCUACUUCUUUUUAAUCAGAAUAAAUCUCCUUCAUCUUUAAUCUCCAAUCAGACUCCAGACAGAAUGAAUAUAUCUGGCUUUAACGUGUUCAUUAAACAGCUUCAACAGUUUCAACAACUUUUUGUGUCUUG